AUGCCUUCUUACGUUUCAUUAGUUAUAACAUCAACUGCCUUUGGGCUUAAAAGCGAGAAGAGGUAUCCCUUAGAUCUUACAUUAGGUAAAUUCAAGGUAUCUGUCCUCUUAUAUCUGUAGCUUACCCAAUAACUAGGAAAAGUUAGUCUUAAUGACCGGAUGUGAGCCCACCACCAUGAAACUAGAACUAUUGGACGACUCCGAAAAACACGUUUCAUUCUUAACGGAUGAUUUCAAAACCUUGGAAGAGCUUGGUGUCAAGGAUGGUUACCAUGUACGCGCCUCAGACCCCACGGUCGAGGCCGGUCAUUAUGACAAACUUCUGGGGCAGGAUUCCUCAGUCGACUUCAAGCUCACGGAGGAGGAAUACGCUCAGCGCGAAGGUGCCCCGCCUCUGUCUUUUGUGCAUUUUGUCGAUUUAUAUUCUUGCUUGCGUGUGGUCUUCGUACAUACGAGUAAAAUUUACUGCUAGUGUAAUCUCACGGGUUUGCAUUCCACUAAAUUUUCUAAACGCUUUAUUUUUGGAUUUUAAGUAUCAAGUCGGGAGCAUUUGAUGCUGUCCCCGACGACGUGAAUUACAUCAACACUUGAGUAAGCGUCCACAUUAGGGGUCCACAUGUUGCGUGAAAUUCGUCUUGCCAACUACAAUAAGUUGAUUAGAGCACUAUCAUACCGCGUACACCUAAGGCGAACCAACCCUUGAGAUAGUGCCGUCAUUCUCCCUGAUUCCUAGAGUGAGGCUGUAUUUUGCUCGAAGCAGUAAUCACUUUCCAUUCCCGAAAUUCCACCAAGUGUUAAAAUUUACUUGUCUUCCUAUUUGACUUCGUUCACGUAAAUUGGCCGUAUGAAAUAGACUUCGAUGCGUUUCUAAUAGAUGCCAGACUGGGUCAGAACGCUAUAAGUAUACCCUCCUAAUCUAACACCCAUUUGAAAUGAGCCCUUUAAUCUCUUUUAGACACUGUACUGGCAUGGAAAAAGCGAAACAAAAUCGGAAAAUUCAAAGAGCUUGACCCAGAGGAGGCCAGAAAAGCCGAGGAGAAAAGACUCGCUACAGAAGCAGCAGAGAAGGCACUAAUUGAAAAAAUGAAAGUCGGGGACAGGUGCGAUUUAUAUGUACGCUUUUUCCCCAGUCUCGCAAAAUUAUUUCCAAGGUUUCAGUUAACUCGCCCAUUUUGAGAAGGAAUGUUUCCAAACACUUUUUUAUCCGCUCAUGAAGUUGCGCCUAGCACGCAUUGCCGUGGCCGUAAUGCUGUUCAACCUCGUAUGAUUUCCAGAAACAAACGUUUCAUAUUUACCAAAAACAAGUGUUCUCCGUCACCACGCGCAAAAUAGGAAUGAAAAAAGUCGGGUAACAUUGCUAAAAACAUCGAAAACAUGUAACGGCUAAAGUGACAAGUAGAACCUUGGCAUAUGUACUUCAGUACCACUACACGCCAGGAACCGUUAAGUCGACACUGAAGGGAGCCAUGCAGAGUUGAAUGGAGUGGCUUACUAGCAAUCAGACUAGAACAAAGGAGAUGAACACCUUAAAAAAUGGACGAGUGAGUGCCUGUACGCUGUAAAACGGCAUCAGAAUGGCUGAUAGCAGGAAUUUUGUCCGUUUAUCCUCCGUUUAUCGUUUGCAGUAGGCGGCAAAGCAUGGAGACCUGAAAGAGGGCAAGGCACCGACCUAGCUUACCUAAGUAGACAUAACAGAAGUAGGGUGUGCGAAUAUUUAUGGUGUUGACGAGGCUUAAAUGACGCCUUUUUAUUCCAAUUGGCCUUAGCUGUGUUCUUUUCCAAAGACACGAAACCAAUUUUUCACUACUACAUUCAGACGUCCAUACAUUGCUGUCAUAUGUGAUCGAGUUCUAUUACUGAGAUAGUCAGAAAUCAGUAGUGAUACAUUAAGUUCAUCUUUUUUUCCCCCAGUACUUUGCACUCUUCUGCCGUAAGCUGUUAAACUGCUGAGACAAUGACGUGGACGAGCUGAGUAAACCAUGUUAGCUUUUUUGACCAGAAAAAAUUGACACCUGUGUAUUAAAUCAACAGUAAUACGGCUUAGGAAAACGGUUUCACUGAAGUCUCUUUAGGGAAGGUCUCCAAAAUCUACCAAAACGUGCAGACCACUUUUUACCCCUCUACAGCGUAACAUUAUUUUAAAAAUAUUACUGCCUCUGCCAUGAGCUUUUACCGAAUCACUGCCAAGCACCGGGUUCCUCUUAUCUUCGGAAGAAUAGUGUGUAGCAUAGCAGAUGCCUGCUUUUUUUUCGAUAAAGCCUGAUGUACCGGUAGGUCUGCGUUCGAAGUGAUUGUAGGGCGCAACUGAUCACAAAAUAUAUUUUUUAUGGCCGGGCAGGUGAAUUUUAUUGUAAUCCAUGGCAGAACUCAACGUCAUAGGCACCUUCCUGGUUUACAGCAUACAACUACGACUUUAGUCAGAUAUCGGCUUAUGGCCGGGGACUAGAAGUAGGGCUUCCCCUCUCAUCCAGAUCGGUCUAUUCUGCUGUUUGCUCCAUUGCUUUCGUCCAGGCUAGACUAACAAUACUUGCAAAGGAUGUCGUUACUGUCAUAGUCUUUUCAGCCCUUUUUCAAAUAAAACCGUAGGGCUGCAUUAAAGAAGCUUCUCCGACACGUCUCCGGAUAGGAAAUACUCUAAAUGACUUUUGUCAUAACACGGUUGAGCUGUUAGAAAUAACAUUUUUUGUCUACCACGUUCUUCCAGUUUUAUUCGCGAUUUUUUCUGAUUCCCCCUGUUCCCACCAUCAUGUUAUUUCUUUGCUCCUAACACGUUCAUGUGUUAGCAUCUGUGUAGCUUACAACUUAACGCUACUCUCCAUUUGUCGUAUCCGGACGCGACGACGUAGACCAGAAGCUUCGACUUCCGGACAUCAAAUAUUUGAAUUUUUCACAAAUGUAUCAGCAUUCCUCUCCCAGAGUCGAAUACACUGCUCUUUUCCUGAACAAGAGGAGUUUCUUAUUCAAUUCGUCUGCUUAAGGCUGCUUCUUUUUAUCGAAAAGGCGGAUUUAGAAAUUUAUAAAUCUCUUACAUCUGCCAUCCAUUAGUUGAUGAGUGGUUUUGAUUCCGAAAUCUACAAAAGCCGGCUCAGAUACUAGUUUCUUCAUUAGCAGCUCAAGAAGGUGUCCUUGUGAGACUACUGAAAGACUUUGAAUGCUCAACAGUUGCAUAAUUUGCUUCGCGUGUCUUAGCUCCAGGCGAUAAGAUUUCACUCCGCUACAUAAAGUACAUCAGGCAUCAGGGAGCCCCUCGCAUAGGGGUGCCCUUUAAACAACUAUUUAUGACGUACAUUUAGCCGGCUGGCUGUCUGAUGUCCCGACGCCGGUUGGGGCCUGCAACAAUCAACUGCAUCCUCGAUCUCGCUCUCGUCUGCCUAGGGCUUUUCUGUUUUUACUGGUGGGGGCCACCAUUGCUCCGUGAGUGCAGUGGCGACUUGUGCGCGAUUUUGAUUGCUUUGAUGGGAACUUCAACGACACCUACCCCAUCACUUCUCACGCCCACAAUUGUCUACUCGCAAUACAAAGUCAAGACAACAAAGUAAACCAACAUCUGCCCGUGCCGCCUUUGCUGAUCCUCACGCGCAAGGGACCGGGGCCUAGAAGGAGCUUACAGUGAAGAGAGUUGUUGUAAAGACCACAACCUGAGCCUUAGUCCCGCGAAGGACCAAGUUGUCUUGUCAGAUGGUGGUUUUUCAUGCUUUUUUUAUCGUAUUGGGUUAAUUUUAUCAAUGCCGGUGUGCGCUGAGCGCGUCUAACGAUUGCCAGACGCCUAUGUAGCCUCCUUUAGGUCUGAGGCGACUGCUCAGAUCGUUUUGGAAGCCAAGCUGUAUAUUCACCACUUUUUCUGAGGGAGAGGGAGUGUGACAUAGACCACGUCACUGUGCAUGUUAUCGAUAGCAGUAAUUAUGAACUCCGCUGAGGCAGCAAAUGUUGUCUGCGGGCCUUCAUUUGAUUGUUUUCGCAGCCUUCACAUGAGCAUCUUUAAGCUGCCUCUGAAGGUCCUCGUUCGCCAUGAAUAAAGCAUCUGUUAGAGCUAGUCAAUGUACAUCUCCACCUCCAGGCGAUCAUUUAUCGCGGCUAUGAGGUUUUUCAUUCGUAAAAUAGAAUUCCCAGUUUCUCUCCCAACCCCACUGAGUCACGCACUGUGGACGACUUGGUUAUUCAGAAGAUGAAGAUGCGAUCACUGGAACAAGAAAUUUAUUUGCCUAACGUUUCGGAUUCUCACUCGAAUCCAUCAUCGAGUGAGAAUCCGAAACGUCAGGCAAAUAAAUUUCUUGUUCCAGUGAUCGCAUCUUCAUCCUCUGAACUGCUACCUGGAACUCGCCUGUUCGCCUCUAUCAGCGACUUGGUUAUUCUACUUCUGAUUCCCUUCUUGUCAUCUACUUGAACUGCUUUUUUUCUUCUGGUUGUUGUAAAAGUACUCCUCUACCGAGGCUUUGUUUUGUUUCGUUGGUCAUUCUAUAGAUUGUUUUCUCUUAUUCAAUUCUCUUUCUCCCAGGUGUGAAGUUCGAAUACCACAGCAGCCAACAAAGCGUGGAGAAAUCAUGUUCCUUGGUAGGUGUACCUCCCGGCUUUUUCCUUAAACAUUGACGUUUAACACACCUCAGAGAUCUGUUGACCCUCUGUGCAACUAUAGUGUUAUUUGCUUAUCAUGACUCCGGUCCUAUUCUCCCACCAAUGCAACCUAGAGCCCCACUGUGGACUUAUCAUACUUCCCCAUGGAUUAGCAGCUAGACUCAUGAUCUCAUGCUUUACUAUAUUGACAGUACAUGUACUAGCUGAGAACUCAGACGUGUGUUUCACCGAGAUUCUACCACUGUAUGACACAUGUGCGAGGGACCCGACUCAUCAGUUAGUUCCCAGAGCGUUCCCGUGUUUCAUCUGGUAGAUACUCCACUUCUUAAACUUCUCUCCUGAGAAGUUAAUGAGCUAACCUGGAAUAAAGCCCCGGGAUGAAGCUUUAUCGGCUCAGUCCGAAAUUUUAUAUGACUAGUUGAUACGAGGUCGGCUUCUGGAUUGCGCCUAUAAAGAUUCAUUCCGAGGAAACAGUGCGAUUGCUCCACUCUGACCCCGCCUGACACCCAGUUGUCGUCUGUGACUUUACCAAGCUGUGUCAAGGGCAACAGCCACACCUUGGCAACCGUCUCGACGGACGAGCGAAACCGGAUGAGGGUGGCUGGUAUGUUUCUUCAGCAACCUUGCAGUUUUGCGCGCGGUUUAGGGCAGUGAGAAGGCAGGCGCUAGCCGUAUUGUAGCACACGUAGAUGAGGCCCCGGGGCCGUCUCCUGUCACUGAAUCACGGUGGGUAGGAGAGAGGGAGGUCUCUGCUGUACACGUCUUCCUCAUUGCAUCUGAUUCCCGCGCAAGUUACCACCACCAUGGACAUUGUAAGUUUCAGCUGACGAACGAUCAGUUCUCUCCAGUUUCAUGCAUACCGCAACCCCGCCUGCCGUUUGAACUGACUCAAGGCACCUCUAUUUUCCAUCUCCGCGUGCGAAUUAUGGCAGUACCGCGUCCACUGGGCGCUCGCUCGAAAUGUGUGGGCCACUGUUUCGCAGCAUUACCAGCCAUUGUUAGUCCACACCUUCAGGGUACUCCGCUUUAUCCGCAUAUUCGCUUCUCCGACCCUUCAACUUCCCACUCUCCAUCUCCAUUUUGAAUCCGGAAUUUGAAAUUCACAAGCAGGAUGGAGAAAUCCCUUUGGCAUCGUUCAGAGCGUGGGCUGCAUACCGAUGAUGCAACUGUCCGUCUCCUCUUCUACCCCCUCUUUCGUCGUAUGGGAUUGUGAAUACUGGGUUGUAUGCGUAGAAGGUGCGGAAUCGACCGUGCCAUCCACCUGCGGCCUCCCUCAUCUCCGGUCUUCUUGACUCUGUCUUGACACCGGGUCCAGGCGGGGGAGGAGGAGAGAGUGUAGGUAGAUGCAGGGCAAGUCUACUGGCACUAUAAACCCCUGCGCAAGUCACCGUCCCUGCUCCCACAAUGCAGUCUGUGGGGCACACGGUGGUCAUCGUCGAAAUCGACGGACGAACUGUCGGGCUACCUCUGCCCGAGUACACUGACUUCGUCUCAAAUGAGACAGUCAAAAAUCGCGAGAAUAUCUCAAGCCACCCGUAAAAAGUUGCCUAGAUGAUUUGGGCAAGUUCUUCGGUGUCCGCCUCAUGAACUCAAUGCUGCUGCCACCGACCCGGCGCCGUUGCCCAACUGGAGACGUCGAAGAGGAAAUCACACCAAAACCCGACCCAGAACAGUUCAUCAAGGCAUGAAGGUGAGUCUUGGACCUGUCGAUCCUGUCGCUAGUGGAGAGAAUGGGUCAGGCUCACCAGAUUCGCGGCCGCGGAUUGUUACUUGUGAAGGGGUACAAUUUGCGGAAUUAUCGGGACCGACUGGGUCAGGCAUGAUCAUAGGUAAGGGAAGACGGAGGCGUGGUCGCUGGAUCAAGAGCUUUGUUCGCCCGACGUUUCGAACACGCACUCGAAUCCACCACCACCACCACCACCACCACCACCACCACCACCACCACCACCACCACCACCAUCAUCAUCAUCAUCAUCAUCAUCAUCAAGGACAGAUCACAGCUGUGUCAAGUGCAGACACUGUCGGACCAAGGGUAGAUUACGUUUAAUCGAAGGAGUUUUGAGGAAGGGCGAUGUCGGCAUGGUUAACGCUGAAAGCCUGAAGGUCUUGUUCUGUCUGAACACUCGUAUUUUCAGAGGGCCAUGAACCUAACUGAAUCUUCCGCACAGUCAGAGAACUGGUGAGAGGGGUCAGUGACAUCGUGCUGAAAUACUCAUUUUUUUCCACCGCACAUAAAGGCUGCCUUGCGCAAGUAGAUAGUAUGAAUUGGUCAAGUUCAUGAGUCUGGGGACAUACGGCAGAUGUGCUAACUCAUGAAAUGCUGACCGAAAUUCUGAAAUGCGCUUUCAACUCAAAAAUGUUACUUAAAUGGGAUUGUAAUACUAAUUACCGUGCAGAAUAAUCCCAUGAUAAUUCGGUUACUUCAGGAUGCCGGCUUUCGAACGACCUCCUUUUCAGCUGCCUGCAACGAUUACACUCGUUAAAAAGGGCUACUUAAGUAGCAUGACUUGUUCUCAUUGAUUUUCGAUGCUCUUAUAUUUCAUGGAAAACAGACAUACAAAUAUUCAGUAUUUUACUCGAUUGCUAGAAAAGUACAUUAUCUUCGAAUUUUAUGCCUGAAGGAGGGGUAUAAUUCGGCUUUAAAAGUCUCUAGUUAUGAGAAAUGCGCGUUUAUAAAACAUCAUGUCUUCGCAUUUACUGAUGUUGCGUGUAAAGUUUACAAUAUGCUCAAAUCCACUGAUAAAUUUUAUAAACCCCUAUACGGUCUCCUCUUAGUCAUGUAGAGAGAUAUAUGAUUUUCUAUACACGGAAAAUAUAAAGCUUGUAGUUUGGAAACCCUGAAUGCAAGUGUGAUGACAUGUCGGUUUCAAAAUUAUUAAAAUUGGAAAAUUUUUCAAAAACAAGCUAUACUCUUCCUUCAGGUAUAAAAUUUGAAGAUUCAAUUUUCUACAAAAUGAGUAAAAUGAAUAUUUUUAUACAUGUUUUCCAUAAAGUAUAUUUGAAUUUAUAAGGGCAUCGAAAAUCAAUGAGAAAAAAUUAUACGACUUAGCAGUCCUUUUUUUACAGAGCGUAGCUUUUGCAGGCAGCCGAGAAGAAAUUCGUUCGAAAGUCGGCCUCCUGGCGUAACUGAAUUAUCAUACCUUUAUGCUGCACGGCAAUUAAUAUUACAACCCUACUUAAGUAGUCCUUUUGAGUAGAAGACGCAUUUCAGAAUUUCGGCCAACAUUUCAUGAGUUAGUACAUCUACUGUGCCGUCGACGUUCACGACCUUCCAGAGAGCGCUUCUGUCGACUCAUUCAAACAAUGCAGGACAAUCAAAGAAUCAGAUAGUCCCUUUCCCUCGAAAAUAUACAAUAUGGCUAUCUAGUCGAUGCAGCCUUCAUCAGAGCGGAGACCGCCCCAAUGUUUUAUCCGUACGCCCUAAUAAGCGUGCAAACAGUACGCUACAGCUCUGCUCUCUUGUCUUCUAACCUCCCCAUUUUGUCAGUUCGCCCUCAACGCCCCCCCCCCUUCCUUCCCAUUGAUGACCAUUUUAUCUCUUUCUACCGUCAGGACUGACAAAAUUUAAGGAGGGCCAGUGGGUCGGUGUGAAGUAUGACGAGCCACUCGGGCGCAACGAUGGAAGGUAAACCCUGCCCUUCCGUCCUUCAUCUUUGACUACCUUUUAUUGAGGGAUGGCAGCUUUCCCCAACAUCCUCUCUCUCUCUUGUAGCAUCGAUGGCGUUCGGUACUUUGACUGCCCCCCCAAGUACGGCGCCUUCGUGAAACCAGCCUACGUGGAGGUAGGCGACUUUCCAGAACUGGGAAUUGACGAUCUGGACGAAAUAUGA